AUGGGGGUGGCCUUCCUCUUGGGAAUGGCGCUGCUGGCCAUUAGCCCCUGCAGCGCGCAGUUGGAGAGUGUGUAUCUGGACCGACGUCUGGAAGUCUAUGAGGAUAACUACCGGUGGGAGGGCGUGCAUUAUUUCUAUCUCUCUUGGACAGACUACUCUGCAGUUGAAGCCAUCCAGGAGCAAUCGGUGCAGGCAAUCACCAACUCUUCGUUCAAGUGCGACUUCUACUGCAGCAACAAUGCCUACGGCUUCCCGCAAGAUCGGGAAAUCAUGUACAACAUCUUUGCCGCCGACGAUGGCAGCAUGCUGUGGGAGGUCCGCGUGCAUGGCAUCUACUACCAGCCAAUGGACUUCAGCCACUUCCCGUUUGAUAGCUUUGACCUGGCGUUGGAGCUGCGGUUCUAUGACCCCACGAGACUGAUCAGCACAGAAGAAUUGUAUGGUUACAACCACAGCGGGAUCACGGUGAUCUACACAAUCGGCCGCGGAGAUGACGCAAGCUCCUGGGCAGUGACCGACUACUCGCUGGAGACCUACUCUGUUGACAUGGGCAACUGGUACAGCCAAUACUCAGACCUUACCUCCAAUCCGUACGACCCCAUGCCCCUGGCCCCACCCAAUGCCCGCAUCACCGGCGGCCUCGUGGAUGACGAGGGCAACCCCAUCAACGUGUUCACGUAUGGCUCCUGGCUGCUGGCUGCUGUUGCUGCUGCUGGCGAGAGCUCUCUGGAAACCCGGUUGGAGAUGGUGGUCACUCUGUUCUUGGCGCUGACCGCCGUGCAGUUUGUCGGCAUUGGCCAGAUACCCACAUCCAGCUACGUGGUGCCCACGCAACAGCUGGUGCUCACGACCUACACCCACCUCUUCCUGUUUUUGCUGGCCAUCGAGAGCAUCGCGAAGCGGAAGGAGGCGUGGCGGCGGUACUGCAAGCUCCGGGACCAGGGCAAGCUGGAGGGCGGCCAGAACCCCACACUAGCCUCGGCAGCCAGUGCUGCCAUUCCUGCAGACACCUGCCCUGAGGAUGAAGAGCAGCAGCAGUCAACAGCAACAGACGGUGUCGACGUGGAUGCUGAGAAGCCAGACAUGCAGACAGCAGUUGACAACAAGCAGGGCUGGUUCAACUUUACAUGCAGCAGCUGCUUCAAGCCACCACAGCGGGGCGACGCCAGCAUCGCCAAUGGCGAUUUGAUGGCAGAGCGCACCCCGCGCCGGCAGUUUGGCAUCUUUUUCCGUUCACCAAAGGUUGACAACCUCUCUGCAGUCUUCCUUGCCGUGGGCUACAGCGUCACCGCCAUCCUCAUCUUCACGCUGCAGAGCGGCUAUAUCGACCUGUUCCCUGAAGAGUGA